GGUCUUUCUCUCAUUCAGUCCCCUCCCCCCUGACAGGCCAGAAGCUGCCCUGACCCACCCCACCUCUGGCAUGAACCCCCCAAAUUUGGUCUCCCCUUGAUGUGCCCUUCCCCAAGGGGAAGGGGUGGGGACCCCAAUUACACAUCCCCAAUUACACCCCCAGCCCCUCCCGCUCUCUGUCCCCCUCCCUUGGCCAUGGCCCAGCUCUUGGCGUGUCACACUCCGCUGAGCUGUGCUGGGGCAGGUCCUGGCGUGUGGGGCGGCUCUCGCCUCCCACAAUGCCCUGGGCCAGCCCGGUUGGCGUCUGAGCUCCCACAAGCCCCAGCGUGACCCAGGUGGCCCGGCACCGCAGCUCCCACGAGCCCCCUGAAUGGCUGAGUCACCUGAAGAUGCCGACCCCGACCGAGGGCAGCCAUGCCACGCGUGUGGGGACCAGUGUCCAGGCUUCCUGGUGCACGGAUGGAGGAAGAUCUGCCAGCACUGCAAGUGCCCGCGGGAGGAGCACGCGGUGCGGGCGGUGCCCGUCGACCUGGAGCGCAUGAUGUGCCGGCUCAUCUCGGAUUUCCAGCGCCACUCCAUCUCUGACGACGACUCGGGCUGCGCCUCCGAGGACUACGCCUGGGUGCCCCCUGGCCUCAAGCCGGAGCAGGUGUAUCAGUUCUUCAGCUGCCUCCCUGAGGACAAGGUGCCCUAUGUGAACAGUCCUGGGGAGCGGUACCGGAUCCGCCAGCUCCUGCACCAGCUGCCCCCCCACGACAGCGAGGCUCAGUACUGCAGCCCUCUGGAGGAGGAAGAGAAGAAGGAGCUGAAGCUUUUCUCCCAGCAGCGGAAGCGGGAGAAUCUCGGGCGGGGGACGGUUCGACUGUUCCCGGUCACCAUUACUGGUGCCAUCUGUGAGCAGUGCGGGAAGCAGAUCCGUGGUGGGGACAUCGCGGUCUUUGCCAGCCGGGCGGGGCACGGGGCCUGCUGGCACCCCCAGUGCUUCCAGUGCACCACCUGCCAGGAGCUGCUCGUGGAUCUCAUCUAUUUCUACCAGGAGGGGAAGAUCUACUGCGGGCGGCAUCACGCCGAGCACCUCAAACCCCGAUGCCAGGCCUGUGACGAGAUCAUCUUUGCCGACGAGUGCACGGAGGCCGAGGGCCGUCACUGGCACAUGCGCCAUUUCUGCUGCUUCGAGUGCGAGGAGGCGCUGGGCGGGCAGCGUUACGUCAUGCGCCAGAGCCGCCCCUACUGCUGCCGCUGCUACCAGGCCCUCUACGCCGAGUACUGUGACGCCUGUGGGGAGCCCAUCGGCAUCAACCAGGGCCAGAUGACGUACGAGGGCCAGCACUGGCACGCCACUGACGCCUGCUUCUGCUGCACCCGCUGCCGGCUGCCACUGCUGGGCAAACCCUUCCUGCCCAAGGGGGGGCAGAUCUUCUGCUCCCGGGGCUGCAGCCUCGGUGGGGAUGAGGCCAGCGCCUCAGACUCCUGCGACUCGGCUCUCCAUGGCCUCCGCCCCCAGGACGGGCGCCGGGCACCCCCCCGCCAUCCCACCGUCGCCCGCUCCAUCUCCUUCGCUGAUCGCCCUGCCCCGGCCCGGGGCAUGAACCCUGGCGGGCGCCGCAGCUGGAGCAGAACCCCUGGAGCGGAGGAGGGGGGCGAGCCGGCUGGAUGCACCUCACGGGGCACCUCCACCUGCCCGGGACCCCUGGAGGAGGAGGAAGGAGGUUCCGAGUCUUGCUUCCACCGCGGUGUGCCCCACCGACACUCCAUGCCCGAGCUGGGCCUGGCCCCAGCCAAGGGGUCGGACUGGACCAGCAGCUCCGCCUCCAAGCUCUCAGUCUCCCCCCGGCUCAGCCAGGGCCCCCCCCUGGAGGGUGGGGGGGUGGCAGCGGGGGAGGGGAGCUUCCCCCGGGGUGCCGCUCCCCGGGUGAGCUUCCGGGAGCCCCUGGUGGCGGGCGAACCGGGGGGGCCCCUCAGCGCCCAGCUGCAUCGGCGUCGGCCCCGCGCUCGGCCCUGCUUCUCCUUCGACAACGCCCUGCACCUGGCGGGGGAUGGGGAGCCUGGGGGGGGGCUCCCCCUGGAGGAACAGGGCCGGGGGGGGCGGCGCUUGGUCUACUCGGCCUCAGAGGGGGCCUUCCCCCCUAGCCACCGGUGUCGCUACCCCCGGGGCCGCGGUGGCCCCUGGCACGACUCCUCCUCCUCCUCUUCCUCCUCGGACUCGGAGGAGGAAGGCUACUUCCUUGGGGAGCCCAUCCCCAGGCCUCCCCACCUGCGGGGCGGGGCUGGCCCCCCUCCGGCCACUGAGGCGGGACCCCCCCGGCAGGGAGGGGGCAAAGGGCGCCAGGGGCUGCGGGCGGCUCGGGACAGGAGCUGUGUGGUGGCCUGAGUCAACCUUUGAACUUUGACCCUCCUGCUGGCAACGACCUCUCACGUAUGACCUUUGAACCUUGAACCCCCGGUGGCAACCUUUGACCUCUGCUUUCAGCCUUUGGUCACACCUUUUGAGCUUUGACCUCUCCAAUGUGGCCUCUGACCUUUGCUUGUGACCGUUAGACUUUGACCUCUCCGCUGUGAGUUCUGACCUUUAGUGGUCACCUUCCAUGAAGGACCUUUGAGACUUGACCUUUUGUGGUGUCACCCCUGACCUUUCACCUGGGACUCUCAGUGAUUGGCUUCUGCACUGGAACCUCUGACCUUUGAUCUGUGACCUUUCCAGAUCUGUGACCUUUUGUCUGGAAUCCUUAGCCAGUGACCUCUGUGGUGACUCCUGACCUUUGCUGUGAAUGCUUCCCUGGGGACUUUUGGACUUUGACCUUUCGGCUGUGACCUUUGACCUUGUUAACCUGGGCCUUUGCACUAUGACCUUUCAACUUUAACCUUUGGCCAAGGAUCCUGGGGCAGCGACCUUGCCCCUUGUCUUUGCCCUGGGGCUGUGGAUGGUUGGACCUUGGCCUUGUGAUUUUUGACCUCUCCUCAGGGACCUAUGAGCACUGACCUGCCCGUUGUGACCUUUGAACCCUACUCAGGAUCUUUGCAUUGGUGACCUCUGAACUCUGGUUGGCACCUUUCCACUGUGGCUGGUUAGAUUUGGUGGCGACCUUUGACCUGUUGGUGGUGAGCUUUCCCUUGUGGCCUUUGACCUUUCCACUGUGCCCCUUGACCUUUGGCUGGGAACUUUGACCUCUAACCCCUGAAAAUGCCUUCCCACCCUGACCUUUGCCUUUUGGAUGGGACCUUUGCACUGUGACUUUGGGGCCCUUGACCUGUUGACUUUUGUGCUUUGACCUUUCAUCUCUCUCACAUGAUCUUUGGGGGAUCAUCAAUGACCUGUGACGUGUCCAUUGUGACCUUUGAACUUUGACCUGGGAGGGGGUCAGCAGGAUUUUGGCUGUUUUUUUUGGUGUGUUCCCCUGUUUAGAUCAGGUUUUUUUGAUUGUUUAAUAGUGGAACAUUUGAGGGGUUCAGUUCCCACUCUCCAGACCCCCUUGGGGGCUGCACUGGGAGGAAGGGGGGGUUGCAGAGAAUGGGGGUACAGUUAUGUAUGGGGGUACACCCUGUACUGGCCCCAGUACAGAACUGGGGUCCUCACUGUGUCUGGAAUUUAACCUUCCAAUUUGCUUUUCUAUUAAAGGGUUAAUUUAAAGAAAAAAAAACAACCUUUUUAAUAAAAGAGUCUUUUAACAGUC